GGUGCCCACAGCCCCCGGCACUUGGUGAGUUUCGCGCGGUCGUGGUGCACGGCGGCGCCAUGGAGGCCGGCAACUUGGAGGUGAUUUUUGACCGCGUGGGGCACUUCGGCAGAUACCAGAUAUUCCUCUAUUUUAUGUGUGCCUUCCAGAACAUCUCUUGUGGUAUCCACUACUUGGCUUCUGUGUUCUUGUCAGUGUCCCCCCAACAUGCCUGCAGGCCCCCAGGCAAUGUGAGUCAGGUUCUUUUCCAAGAUUUCUCUGGUGUGAGGUUGGAGGACAUCUGGACCCGGUUUUCCGUAGGCCGCGAAGAUCGCAUCAUAGUGCAAUUACAGAACGGGGAGAUCUGGGAGCUCACGAGCUGUCACAGGUUCCGGAGGGACGACAAGUCGAGUUUGAACCAUGAUUAUAAUGGCCAUAAGAGUAGCUUUCCUUGCCUGGAUGGCUACAUCUAUGACAAGAGCAAGUGGCGCAGCACCGUGGUGACUGAGUGGGACCUGGUGUGUAACCGAGAGUGGUUCGGAAGGCUGAUCCAGCCCGUCUUUAUGCUUGGAGUUCUGCUGGGAGCGGCAGUCUUCGGCUACCUUUCUGACAGGACUGGAAGGCGAGUUAUCUUGUGGACCACAAGCAUUGGGGUAUUUCUUUGUGGCAUAGGAGUGGCAUUCACAUUUGAUUAUUACAGCUUCAUGAUUGCACGCUUUCUUCUUGCUAUGGUUGGAAGUGGCUAUCUUGUGGUGUUUGUCUAUGUGACGGAAUUUGUUGGCAUGAAGUCCCGGACGUGGGCAUCCAUCCAUUUGCAUUCCUUUUUCGCGUUUGGAACCAUGGUGGUGGCUCUGACAGGCUACUUUGUCAGGACCUGGUGGAUCUAUCAGAUAAUUCUCUCCAUGGUGACCGUCCCCUUUGUCCUAUGCUGUUGGAUGCUCCCAGAGACACCCUUUUGGCUUCUUUCAGAGGGAAGAUAUGAAGAAGCACAGAAAGUCAUUGAUAGGAUGGCCAAGUGGAAUAGGACAAGAUCCUUUAAGCUGUCAGAACUUUUAUCCCUGGCUGGCAGUGGUCCUGCUGGUACCAAGGCCUCACCAGUUGAGAAGCACAGCUUAUCAGAUCUCUUUUAUGACUGCAGUAUUGGAACAAGGACAAUUAUUGUUUGGCUGAUUUGGUUCACGGGGUGUUUUGGGUUCUACUCCUUCUCCUUGAAUUCUGUUAAUUUGGGAGGCAAUGAAUAUUUAAAUUUCUUCCUCAUGGGUAUAGUGGAGAUUCCUGCCUACAUCUUUGUGUGCGUCGGGAUGGAUCGUUUGGGGAGAAGAUGCAUUCUGGGUUUCUCCCUUCUCUCAAGUGCAGUGACUAAUGGUGUGAUUAUGGUGAUCCCCCAGGAUUACCAUGUUUGUCUAAUGGUGGCAACCAUGGCUGGAAAGUUUUCCAUAGGGGCAGCCUUUGGUCUCAUUUACCUUUACACAGCAGAGCUGUAUCCAACCAUUGUAAGGUCGCUGGCCGUGGGGAGUGGCAGCAUGGUGAGCCGUGUGGGAAGCAUCAUGGCCCCGUUCUGCGUUUAUCUCUCCAGCAUUUGGAUCUUCAUGCCACAGUUGCUUGUUGGAACUUUUGCCUUCAUGAGUGGAAUACUAACAUUCAUGCUUCCAGAAACCCUCCGGAAGCCUCUGGCAACUACUUGGAAAGAGACUGAAAAACAGAGCAGUUCAGACAAAUGAAGUCCCACAACCAAAAAUACGGCAUUGAAAAAUAUCGAAGUGAUUAACUCUGGGCGUUCUGGUCUUAAGAAAUAACCAUGGCUGGUGUGCUGUCUAGCACGUGAAAUAUUAAUGCCUUUGUAUUAGAGGAACAUUAUUCUCAUCUCCUGCAUGUCGUGUAUAUGUGUCUUUUUUUAAAUUUUGUAAAAGGGUUUUGAAACAAUUGUUUUGUAA